AUGUCUUAUGACUAUGAAGUAGACGAGUGGUACUCCGGCCUGGAUCCUGCCCGGGGAGUCCGCUACACUCAGCCGCCAUACUUUCGGCCACCUCGGCGUCCCGCCUACUAUGCCGACCGACGACCCAGCGAGAACUACCUCUCUCCAGGCGGCCAUUACGCUGCCGGUGGUCGGACCCGCGCGCGAUCCACAGGCGGAACGCCUGUGCCCAAUAUACAUGUCCACAAUUAUAUGGACCAGCACCAAGAAGGUCCGCGCAUGGAGCAAGUUAGCCCCGCACCAAGUCCUCGCGGCCGUCCGGUGCGCAUAGCUGGCGAGGAGCUUAUAGAUGAGCUGGAGCUGACAAGACGGGCGCUUGCGCGCUCGCGCUCGAGAGGGCGGUCCGAUGCGGCCUAUCACCAUCACCACGAGGGGCAGUGGAGGGCACCGUCGCCGCGAUACGAUAUGCAGCUGGAGCUUGCGCAACAGAGGGCAAAAGAUGCUGAAGCGCGCUGGCAGAGGGAACAGGAAGAGGAGCUGAUAAGGCGAAGGGUAGAGCUUCAGUAUAUGAAGGAUAAGGCCGAGCGCGACGCCGAAGAGGCGCGCAUUAGGGCUGACGAGGAGAGAUACAAGGAGAAACUGAGAGUGAAAUUCAUGAGGGAGAAGCAGGAACAAGACGCGGAGCGUGAGCGGUUGAAGGCCGAAGCUGAGAAAGUGAAGAAGGAAAUGGAGCUGAAGAUGCUCAAGCAGCAGCAAGAGCGUGAAGAGGAGGAGGCGCUGCUCAAGGCUGAGAAGGAGAAGCUAAAGAGGGAGUUCGAGCUCAAGCAAGAGCAGGACGCUCGGAAGCGGGAACAGGCGGCGAGAGACGCCGACGACCUCAAGAAGCGAAUCAUCCUCGAGAACACUGCAAAGCUCCGGCAGGCAGAGGAGGACGGUGAGAAUCUCAAGAAGCAGAUCCUUCUUGAAAACACUAUCAAGCUCCAAAAGGCAGAGAAUGAUGCCAAGGAUGCCAAACAGCGGGCGAUUGAUGAGUACGAGAAGAAGAGGGCAAAGGAGGAAAAAGAAGCGAAAGAAGAGCGACAACGGAUCAUCGAUGAAUAUGAGAAGAAGAAAGUAGAUGACGCCAAGAAGCAGAAGGAAAUGGAGGACGCUCUUAUCGCGAAGCUCAAGAAGCGAGCGGAGGAAAACAAAGCGAAGGAGGAGGCGGAAUACAGAGAGUUUCUUCGGAAGCAGAAAGAGAAAGCGGACGAAGAAGCAGCGAAGAAGAAGGCGAAGGAGCAGGAGAUGGCCAGAGAGAUGCACGACCGCUUGGCGCAGUUCGGUUUCGUCGAGAAUCAGAUUCAGGCUAUGAUUGAUCCCAAGAAGACGAGGGAGCUCCAGCAAGGCCAAUCACCAGCAAACCCUCUCCAGCUGGCAAGACAGCCGACAUAUAUCAAAGUCCACAGAGACCACCUCUCCAUCGACACAUUGACUUACUACGGCCUGCCGUGGGAAUAUGACAGGGACGACAGUCAUUAUAUCAUCAUUCUUCGCGAACUGGAUCGGCGAGAUACCGAUCUUCUCUUCGAACACACAAAGAGUCUGCGGCAUCGCGGGACGAGUCAACUCCUCAUCGAGCAACGGAAUCCGAAUAAGCCGGAGUACGCCUGGGUGCGCCGAAAGGCCACACCGUCUCCGAAUGGGCGACGAAGACGUAGCUCGCCGAAGAGGUUCGGCAUUGCAACGCUGUUUUCCUGA